UGAGUCGAUUAAAUUAUUUCUAACAGCAUAUAUUUUUAAAUGGAGAAGAUAUAAUUACGUAUAUAUAACUUUAUGAGUAUUUAACUUAUUUUGAUUUACGCGUUUCCGCUUCUCACUUUAUUUUGAAAACACAAAAGUAAAGAACAGUCUAAAGUCAUAACAUAUGAAUUGACAUAAUUAUUUUAGAAACAUUUAAAGAACUGAAUCUAUUCUGUACGUGAAGAUAAUAUUAUUUAUAAUUCAGUAUGGCCGCCAAAAGUAAAGGCCCCCCGGCGAAAGCUAAAGAUCCGUUGCCUGAUGGCGAUAUUGAUUUGAAAAUGUUUGAUCCGGAAUCCAAAGACCCACUCACAAGUCAACGAGGCAUAUGCUUAGAGAAGGACUGCAGUGUUCGAGUAUUCUUCUUAGCUCUGAGGGAAUGCACCCAAAGGGUUACUGCUAAAAAGAAGUUCACUAAAGAAACGUGUGAACCGGAAGUGAUAGAACUAAUGGAAGCCCUCGAUAAAUGUGUCGCAGAUAAAGCUUUCGUCAAAUUGUCUUAGCGUUUUGGCGCUUUGGAAGACUGGUGUAAAGUGAUAAUAACCUGUUCAAGAUUAUUAUUUAUAUUGUCAUAAAUAAAGGAAUGAAGAUUA